UGCUCCGGUUUAUAUUGUCCCGCCUGGCGAGUUCAACGGCAAAACGCAACCGUGUCCGUUAUUGUAUCGUACCUAACAGUAAUUUCUUAUUUCUCGUGUCUCUUUCCAUACUUCACCUGCAGAGGAACACGAAGUUUGCGUCGGAUCUAAGGGAAAACCAUGCGCACACAGGAAACGUUCUUUACAAACUAAGCUAUUCUCACCAAACAGCUCCUAAUCAUCACCGAGACUCCGAGACAACGACGAAUAGAUCGAAGCCCAAUCAAGCCAAGGUAUCCUUCAUUUCUUCAAUCCAACUCUUUGAGGGAGGAUUUAAUGGUGAUUGAGACUUCGAGGAGAGGAGGUGAUUGACCAGGAGUCGUUGUGGGAUCUGAAACGAAGUGGAUCAGAUGGACAAGAAUAAGAGCCGUACUGAUAUGCUCGCUGCUGGUCGUAAAAAGCUUCAACAAUUUCGUCAGAAGAAGGACAAUAAAGGUAGCAGCAGUCAUGGAAAGUCAUCCAAAAUGUCUGGCAAAUCAGAGCAGCAUGAAUCUUAUACUGAUGCAGUAUCAAAUGCUUCCAACUCAACAGCAUUGCCACAGGUUCAUGAAGGGGAAAAUGUUUCUAACAUCAAUCCCAAUUUGGGAGUUGAAGAUUCUUCAGUAUCUUAUUCUGUGGAGAACUCUGUGGCUCCUGAUGUCGAUAUUGUGGCUAUUAAUCCAUUUUCAAUUCCCUUGGCACAUGACACUUCAUCAAUUGACAAUACCAAUAUGGAUAAGCAGGGAGUGCGAGUUCAUGAUAUUGACUCAUCAAACUCUAAUAAUGAGGAAAGGAUUGAUAUGUUGGCCCCUUCAGCCAUUGUUGAGACUACAGAUGGUACUACUGUCACAUAUGAAUUGGAGAGCAGAAAUAGGGAAAGGGAGGAAUCAUUGCCAUCAAAAGAAGAUACUCCUGAUAUGUUCUUGAUUUGUGCUAGGGGAGAUCAGGUAACAGAUGUAGGGACAAUGCAGGAAGUUGAUGGUUUGGGUGGGACCCGCGUCAUAGAACUUGAUGGAGAUGGGAGAUUGGCUUUGUCUGAGCAUGAUGAUAAUGCUGAAACUGGAGAAAGGGUAGCUUCUGAACAGACUGGUAUGGUAGAUGUGGCCUCUCAAGUGAAGCAAAAUGAUGGUGCAUGUGGUGAAUCUGCUUCUGCCAGUGCUACGGAGGUGAUGGAUGGGCUUCUGGCAUCUACUUUGUCUCUUUCAGAGGCAGCUGGAAGUCUGGUUGGUGUUGAUGAAGUGGCAAAUCAACAAAGCAAAGUCAUUAAUGUUGGUCCAUCUAAUACAAAAGAUGCUGAGAUGCUGUCUUGGACUGGUCAGUGUGGAAAAAAUGAGGAAGGCAGUCAAAUUGAUAGGAAUAUAGAGGCAUGUAAGCUGCAAUAUGUACCUGAGGAUUCUUUUAUAUUUGUGGGUAAAAGCCAUGAAGAGCCUCAGUUAGCUGAAUUGACAAAUUCAUAUGAUGACCUUACUACAUCUCCUUCUGUUGAUGCAUGCCCAAUCAGCCUCUCUCAACUCAUUGAAGUGAUAAAGGGGCUCAAUGAAGAUGAGUAUGGAUUGCUGCUUAGGUCAAGAGGAUUGACUGAUAGUUUGAUUUCACUGGAACAUGGUCGUCCUCGUUUAAAGGAGAGACUCAGGGAAGAAUUAUUUCUCACAAGCUGUAUGAAGGAUAUACUGGAAGUGCAACUCACUGAACAGUCAUAUUUGCAAACUGAGCAUGAUCAUCAAUUUCAGCAAAUGGAUAAUGAACUAUCUGUGCUUAGGGCUUCACUCGAUGAAGUUCAUGAAAGGUGCAACUCCCUUGCCAAAGAGCUUAUGGAAUGCAGGUCUGAACUCCUGGCCACUGUUAGUGGGAGGGAAGAGCUCCAACUUCAGUUUAAUGCAGCGAAGGCAGAGGUUGAGGAAGUUUCUGCCAGAGCAAAGGAGUUGCAGAACAGUCUAGAAAGGUCACAAGCAGAUAUAUCAAACCUAUUGAAGGAGUCGGCUGACUUUAAGGGAUCAGUGGGGGCAUUAUGUGCAGAAAAUGAGAACUUAAAUCAGACUAUUGCUUUGCUGACUGAGGAGAGAAAGAAACUUGUGGACAAAAAAAAUGCUUGUCUGCAUGAGAAUGAGAAGCUGUUGAAGGAGUUAGCUGACUGCAGGAAUUCAGUGGCAGCCUUACAGGUGGAAAAUUCCAACUUAAGUGGAACUCUUGCUUCAAUGACAGAGAAAAGCAAGAAGCUUGAAGAGGAGAAGGAGUAUCUUGCUAAUGGGAAUGAGAAGCUUUCUAUGGAUUUGUCUGACUGUAAGGUCUUGAUGGAAGCUUCACAGGUGGAAAAUGCCAAUUUAAGGGGAGAGCUUGUUAUGAUUUCAGAGGACAAGGAAUAUUCAGUUUGUGAGAUGGAGAGACUUUCAUCUGAGCUUCUUGUUCUUCACGAGAGGAUAUCUAAAGAUCAUGGGGAACACAAACAGUUGAAGGAUGAGCUAAAAGAAGUCACUUUGCGUCUUGAAGAGCUAUCUAAGGAAAACUUAUUUCUUCAAAGCAGUUUAGAACUACAUAGAGCUAAGAUAAGAGAAAUUGAUGACAAGCAAGACGAAAGAUCUUUCCAAGGUGGGGAUGUUCCAAAUCAAGGAGGUGUGGAAGUACAGAUCACAAGCUCUAAGAAAGAAGCAGUUGAUCAGCAGUCUCAGCAAAUGCCUCGAAAGCGAGGUGGUGAAUUGUCUGAUGACCUUUCAGGUGGGUUGCAACCUGAGCCGUUUGAGCCUGAAGUCUUUGAUGAUUCUUUGGGGUUUGUAGUUUUGAAAGGACACCUUGAAGAGGCGGAAAAAAUUUUGCAAAAUCUUGAGGAGGCAAUUGAAGGGAUGCAUUCACAUACGGGAUCCUUUGGUGGAGCUGCUGGUAAAAUGGCAGCUCCAGCUGUAUCAAAACUAAUUCAAGCUUUUGAGUCAAAGGUGCACCAUGAUGAGCAUGAGGCAGAGGAAAGGGCCAUGAUGGAUGAUCCAUCAGCAGCAGCAGAUCCAUUUUUAUUAGCAAAAGAGCAUACAAGGGAUUUGAAGGCAGUGCUUAAGCAGUUAGCCUUGGAUGCUGUGAAUGCUAGUUUAUUAUUCAAGACAGAGCGAGAAGGGAGAAGUGCUGCUAAUCUCACAAUUAAGGAGUUCAAGUUUCUGUCUGAAUCCAUGAAGGAACAUGCUGAUAAUUUAGAAGCAACCAACCUUGAGCUUGUGGUUCUUUAUGAAGCUGUAAAGCAACAUGUUUCUCAUUUUAGGGAAAAGAACCAACAGCUUGAGGGUCUUUAUGAAACCUUGAAGCAAAAAGACGGUAGUCUUAAAGCAGAAAACCAUGAGCUUGGUGAAAAGUUGUCCGAGUGUGAAUCCAGGAUUGAUGAAUUGCAGAAUCAAUUGUGUGAUUCACAGAAAAGUUCAGAUGAGCUGGCUUCUGUACUUCGUGGUCAGUUGGAAAAUUUCCAGUGGGAAGCAGCGGAUAGGGCAUUGACAGUUGAGCAAGAAUGGAAUUUUACUGUCUCUCAGAUUAUUGAAGCAGUUGGGAGGCUGAAUGACUCUACUGGAUUUCUGAUCAUCUCCAUUGCAACUGGCGCUAAUGGUUCCAUGGAUAUAAGUAGCCAUGCUACUGCUUCUGUUAAUGCAGCUAUUAAAACCAUCAAGGACCUGAAGGAGAAACUUGAAGUGGCUCACUCAGACCGUGAAGCAACCUUUAAUUUAUUCAAAGAAGUGAAUGAGAAGUGUAAUGAGUUACUAGGAAAGAAUGAAUUAGCCUGUGGUGCAUUGCAUAGGUUGCAUUUUGAGCUUAGGAAACUUGUGAUAGAUUCAUGUGGCUCUUUGGGAGAAUCUGAGGUUGACAUACAAGAUGAGGAGUUGCCUGGUCCUGUAGAUUACAGUGGGUACAAGACCCUUAUGGCACAAUUGGAGAAUUUUCUGGCUGAGAGGCUGCAUCUUCAGUCUGUUAAUGACCAGCUUAAUUUGGAAUUGAUGAGUAAAACUAAAGAUGCUGAUGAAUUGAACCGAAGAUGUAUUGAUCUAAGUUCCAUUGAAAAGUUAAUUGAACAUAUUGAGGGUGUAGUUAAACUGGAAGACAGUGAGGUGGACUUAGAUGGAACACCUCUUUUGCGUCUGGAGUCAUUGGUGUCUUUCCUUGUUCAUAAAUGCAAGGAGGCUGAUGAGCAAGUUAGCUCUUCUAGGGAAGAGUAUGGAUCCAAGGUGGAGGAAUUGAUAGAAUUGCAGGAAAGGAUGAAUCAGUUAUCUGACUUGAAACUUCAGCAUGAAACUGAAAUCCUUCUCUUCAAAGAAAAAUCAAGCCAGGUUGAGGAAGCCCUUUUCAGUAUGCAAUCUGAAUUACAGGAGAAAGUGCGUGAAGUUGAACAGUCAGAGCAGAGAGUAUCUUCAAUUAGAGAGAAGCUUAGCAUUGCUGUUGCCAAGGGGAAAGGGUUGGUGGUGCAACGUGACAAUCUCAAGCAGUCCCUGUCAGAGACUUCUAGUGAAUUGGAAAGAUGUUCACAGGAGUUACAACUGAAAGAUGCCAGGCUGCAUGAGCUAGAAACAAAAUUGAAGACUUAUUCAGAGGCAGGUGAACGUGUGGAGGCUCUGGAAUCUGAGCUUUCAUACAUUCGCAACUCUGCUACUGCAUUAAGAGAAUCAUUCCUUCUCAAAGACUCAGUGCUUCAAAGAAUAGAAGAGAUUUUAGAAGAUCUAGAUCUGCCAGAGCAUUUUCAUUCAAGAGAUAUAAUUGAGAAGGUUGAUUGGUUAGCCAGGUCAGCCACUGGAAACUCUUUGCCUCCAACUGAUUGGGACCAGAAAAGUUCUGUGGGUGGUUCAUAUUCUGAUACUGGUUUUGUUGUCAUGGAUGCCUGGAAGGAGGAUACACAGCAAAGUUCAAAUUCAGGGGAUGAUUUGAGAAGGAAAUAUGAUGACCUUCAAGGUAAGUUUUUUGGGUUGGCUGAACAAAAUGAAAUGUUGGAACAGUCAUUAAUGGAGAGGAACCAAUUGAUGCAGAGGUGGGAAGAACUUUUGCACAGGAUUAAUAUGCCUGCAUAUUUACGAGCUGCAGAACUGGAGGAUAGGAUUCAGUGGUUAGGAAAUGCGCUUUCAGAGGCUAAUAAUGAUAGAAAUUCUCUGCUACUGAACAUUGAUGAACUUGAAAAAUAUUGUGGAUCCCUAACUACAGAUUUGGAACAGUCUCAAAAGAGAAUAUCUUGCUUAAAUGCUGAAUUGGAGGAUUCCCAAAAGAGAUUAUCUAACUAUGAGAUGGAUAUUAAAGCAUUUAUCCAUGAGAGGGACAACCUCUCUGAAAGAUUGGAGGCUCUGAGUUGUGAUCAUGAGAAACUUUCAGCAAAAGCAGUCCAGUUUGGACUUGACAAUGAAAAACUGCAGGAUGAAGUCAAUGCUUUGCAGGAUAAAUUGGUUCAGAAGCUUGGGAAUGAAGAGCAUAUUCAGAGAAUGAAUGGCGAGAUCUGCAGACUGCAAGAUUUGGUUUGUGAUGCACUGAAGGAUCCUGGUAUAAAAGAUUUGGUUUCUGGUGGAAAUAGUGUUGAGUGCUUGGAAGGAUUACUGAAGAGGCUUAUAGAAAACCCCACGACUCUUUCUUUGAUGAAACCUGUUGGGAAUGCAGUUGAACAGCACCAUGCUAAAGAAGCUGACACAAAUCUUGGUGAAGAAAGAAGUAGAGAUAUUGUGGAUAAUUUGGAAUCUGAUGUAGCUCAACUGAAGAGAGAUGCAGAGGAUAGUGAUGAACCAAAUGUGGGUGUUCUGAAGGAGCUGGAGGAUGCAUUGAGUGAACUAGUGCUUGUGAAGGAGGAAAGAGAUGGAUAUGUGGAGAAGCAACAUUCUUUGAUUUGUGAGGUUGAAGCACUUGAAAGACAAAGGGUCGAAUUGCAAAAACUACUUAAUCAGGAGGAGCAGAAGUCUACUUCUUUAAGGGAUAAAUUGAAUGUUGCAGUUAGAAAAGGGAAGUCUUUGAUUCAACAGCGUGAUAGUCUGAAACAAACUAUUGAAGAGAUGAGUACUGAGUUGGAGCACUUAAAAUCUGAGAUCAAGCACCGGGGAAAUGCUCUUUCAGACUAUGAACGGAAGAUGAGAGACUUAACUGCUUUCUCUGAUAAGGUAGAGGCCCUAGAAUCUGAGAAUUUGUUCUUGAGGAAUAGUUUGGCUGAAAAUGAUCGCAUUUUGCAGGAGAAAGAACAUACUUUAACCAUGGUUUUGAAUACACUAGGGGAAAUUGAUGUUGGUGGUGAAAUUUAUAACAGUGACCCAAUCAGGAAGUUGGAUCAAGUUGUGAAACUAUGCUGUGAUCAGCAAAUUGCUUUGGCUUCUUCAGAGGAAGAGUCUAGAAAAUCUAAAAGAGCAGCAGAACUGUUGCUUGCUGAACUGAAUGAAGUUCAGGACAGGAAUGAUGGCCUCCAAGAGGAGCUAGCCAAAGUCAGUAUUGAACUUGCGCAGCUCUCCAAGGAUAGGGAGGUAGCAGAGGCUGCUAAAUAUGAAGCCAUUUCACGUCUUGAAAAGUUAUCCUUGGAUCACAUUGAGGAGAAAAAGAAACAAUAUUCUGGAUUUAUCUCGUUAAAAUCUGCUGCUGAUCAACUCUGGGAGAGCUUUUCUCAUAUCAAUAAUUUGCUAGCUGGUUUUUUCUCUCAGGACUUGGAAUUUCUGCAAAAUCUGGAGUCUGGUAUGAAGUCAUGCCUUAAUAGAGCAGAGUCUGAUCUUGUGGUUCGAGUUCCUCUUUUCAGUGCAUAUGAUGGCAUUAAUUCCAGCAUUUUGGGAAACAAGGGGAACUUCAUGGCUGUAGAUUUUUCAUCAGAAACCAAUAUGCUGGAGCAUUUGGAGGAUGAUUUUAUUUCUGAAGUUUGUAGUUCUUUGCAAGAGUUCAUUAAAGAAAUUGCCACUGUUAAUAUUAUAUUACAUGAACACUCUGCUACGUUUCAUGAAAAAGCUAACAGUCUAUCCAAAUUAAUGGGUUCUAUUCAUAGAGAUAUGAGUUCCCAAAAAGAGUCAUUUGAGGCCAUGAAGCAAGACAUUAGGCUUAUAGAAUCAACUGGAAAAGAAAAGGAAAUGGAGAUUGUUGCACUGCACAGGAACAUUGCCUUGCUUUAUGAAGCCUGCGCCAGUCUGCUUUUGGAAAUUGAAAAUAGAAAAGCUGAAGUUGUCACAAAUAGUUUGGCUGUUCGAGAUCUGGGGUUGAAUUUGAAACCAGCAACAUUUGGUGAUGGUGGACUUCCAUUUGGCGGAGACAGUAAUUUUUCAUCUGAGGAACAUGUCAAGACUAUGGCAGAAAAACUAUUAUUGGCUAUGACAGAAUUUGCUAGCCUAAAAGGCGAGAUUAUAGAGGGUAAAGAGAAGGAAAUGAAAAUUACCAUUUCGAAUUUGCAGAAGGAGCUUCAGGAGAAGGACAUUCAAAGAGAGAGAAUUUGCAAGGAUCUUGUCAGUCAUAUUAAGCAAGUGGAAGCUGCUGCAACAAACUACUCCCUUGACCUUCAAUCUUCAAAAUCUCAUGUGCAUGAUUUGGAGAAAAAGGUGGAAACAAUUGAAUAUGAGCGGAAUUUAUUGGAGCAGAGAGUGAUGGAACUUCAAGAUCAGCAAACCAUCUCAACAGAGUUACAGGAGAAUGUCAGAUCUCUGACUGAUAGGCUCAAUGCCAAAGACCAAGAAAUUGAAGCCCUAAUGCAAGCUCUUGAUGAGGAGGAAAUGCAGAUGGAUGAUUUAACAAAAAAAGUAGAGGAGUUGGGAAAAGUUGUCCAACAAAAGAAUUUGGAUAUUGAAAAACUUGAAGCCUCCCGUGGAAAGGUUAUGAAAAAGCUUUACACCACUGUCAGCAGGUUUGACGAGCUUCAUCUUUUUUCUGAAAGUCUCCUUGCUGAGGUUGAAAAGCUUCAAUCUCAAUUGCAAGAUCGUGAUGCUGAGAUCUCUUUCUUAAGGCAAGAGGUAACCAGAUGCACAAAUGAUGCUCUUGUUGCGUCUCAGACAAGCAACAAGAGAAAUUCAGAUGAGCUCUAUGAGUUAUUGACAUGGUUAGUCGCGGUGGUUUCUUUAGAUGUCAAUCUUACAGAUAGCAGUCAGGUUCACGAGUACAAAGAAAUAAUUCAGAAAAAGAUUACAUCUAUUUUGUCUGAAUUGGAGGAUCUGCGGGAAACAGCUCAAAGCAGGGAUGCAUUAUUGCAAAUUGAGAGAAGUAAAGUAGAUGAUUUAACACGCAGAGAAGAAAUUCUUGAGAAAUCUUUGCAUGAGAAGGAAUCCCAAUUAAAUAUGCUUGAAGUUGGCAGAGAUAUGGAGCAACCAACCAGUGCAAGCUCUGAAAUUUUGGAAGUUGAACCUGUGGUAAACAAAUGGACAGUCCCUGGGCCCUCCACUGCUUCUCAAGUACGCAGUUUGCGCAAAGUCAACAAUGAUCAAGUUGCUAUUGCUAUAGACAUGGCUCCUGGUAGCACUAGUACACUAGAGGAUGAAGAUGAUGAAAAAGCUCAUGGUUUCAAGUCACUCACUUCAUCAAGAAUUGUCCCAAAAUUUACUAGACCUGUGACUGACAUGAUUGAUGGUCUAUGGGUUUCUUGUGAUCGGGCACUAAUGCGACAACCUGCCUUGAGGCUUAGUAUUAUGAUCUAUUGGGCUGUAUUACACGCAUUGCUUGCAGCUUUUGUGGUUUGACAAGCCAAACUGGUUCCCAUAUAUUUUGAAGGCCAGGUGGGCACAAACUCCUGUCCAGCAUUAUGCCUCUGAUGGGUUUUGAGCGCUGUAUAUGUAUUGAUUUUUUUUUUUUUUUUUAUAAUUUUCAUUUCAAAAGUGGCCAGAUUGAUUUAUUGUUUAAGCUCAACCAGGCAACUGUGAUUGCAAUUUUUAUUUUACAAAUCUCAGAUUGCUUGGAUGUAUUGUAUCCAAUAAGGAAAAAAAGCACUGUUGCCAUUACGGAGGGCACAGUUUUAGAAUUUGUUUACUUGAACCAACAAAUGUUUGAACCUUGCUACUUUCAUCAUCACAUUUUCUUUUCUUUACAAGCUUUAGAGGAUUCUUCUCUUGAAGCUAAACACACCAGCAUUUUAUGGUAUGUUGUAGUUAUUGGGAUCC